AUGUCGUAACAUCCACGCAUUCAGUUAUUUCAUCUCAGUGUUCAGUGGAUAACACAGUUAUCCAGUUAUAACAAUUAUCAGUUCUGAUAACACAGACUGAUUAUUAUUCUGUGAUAAUAUUAUUCGGGUUGGACAUCACUUUAAAUCUGUGCUCUCAGUUUAGUUUUCAGUGCUCUUAGAUAGUAGGCCUAGGUCUAUUAUUUUUAGGAUAUCUAGCUAUUUUAUCUUAGUACUCAGGGGACUUUUAUAGUGGACCUACUACACUACUAUAGACCUACUAUAGUAUUACACUGUGAUAUUAUUAUUAGGAUAUUACAUAACCAGUCAUUCCAACUCAGUGAUCAGUGAGUUUUAUUAGCGGUGCUAGUUUUAUUCUAUAAUAUUAUUAGGAUAUUAGACAUUCAGUUGUUUCGUCUCUGUUCUCAAGUUUUCAGUGGUUCUUGAUAGUCAGUCUAUUAUUGAUCUGUGAUAUUAGGAUAUUAUAUAUUAUUAAAUAUGUUUGAGUUGGAGGAUAUAAAAAUUGGUGACAGCUAUGUGAUAAGAGGAGCGAGAAGGACAGAUUGUGAGAGGAUACAUCAGCUAGUGAAGGAUCUUGCUGAUGAUUUGGGUGCACCGAAAAACACACCAAAAGUCGAUGCGAAAAAUUUAGAAAUCAACGGAUUUGAUACAACGCCACCUAAAUUCAAAUGUCUAGUAGUUGAAUACACUAAUGACAAGCAGAAUUUGACCAAUGGUACAAAUAGCCAAAGUAACUCAAAUCUGAUUGGCUAUGCCUUCACAUCGUUUACUUUCAGCUCAUGGUAUGGCCAUGAGUUAUACCUUGAAGACAUCUACUUAGAGAAAGAGCACCAGGGAAAAGGCAUAGGAGCACGGCUGUUUGAUGCAGUGGUUGAGAUUGCAGUGAAAAAUAAUUGCACAACAAUGAAUUUCCUAGUGGUAGAUGGGAAUCCAGUGAAUGAGUUCUACAUGAGGCGAGGUGCCGUGGACCAGACAAUUGAAAACAAAUUCCAUUACUGCUCUAUAAGAUCUGAACAAUUGGAAAAAUUAUAUCAGAAACAUUUGAGUGGCACAGAAAGUUCUGUUGAUAAAUAAUAAAAUAUUGAUAGUGAA